AUGGGUCAUGUGUUAGGAGAUUUGCAGAAGGAGGUGAUAUCUGGGCUCUCUGCAGGGUUAUUAGCCACCAUCAUUAGUCAUCCCUUGGACUUGGUUAAGGUUCGAUUGCAACUUUCAGUACGACAUACUCCACGAGUCACGUACUCACAGGUUCUCAAUGAUAUGUUGAGAAACACAUACUGGGUUCGAGAGAUCUACCGUGGGCUAGGAAUAAGUUUAUUAGGCAAUUCGUUGGCUUGGGCUAUUUACUUUGGACUAUACCGAUUUGCUAAAGACGUGGCUAUAUCUAAUGUGAGCGUCAGCUCAUCGGCAUCAGAUUCUGAAUUGAAAGAUAGAAAACUUUCGGCGCCUGUAUACCUUGCUGCCGCUGGAUUUAGUGGUACUUUUACUGCAUUACUGACAAAUCCUAUCUGGGUUAUAAAGACUAGAAUUAUGUCGACAACCACAAGUGGUCCCUAUAAAUCAACCAUAGAUGGAGCGUCUAAGUUAUUGUGUGAGGAAGGUAUUUUAGCCUUUUGGAAGGGACUGCUACCUUCUUUGUUUGGGGUGUCACAAGGAGCAAUAUAUUUUACCGUAUACGACACCCUAAAGUUUCAGUAUUUGCAUUCGAGCUAUGAUAAACAUGAGAGGAAGCUUUCCGCUCUGGAGCUCAUCACUGUCAGUUGCAUAUCAAAGAUGAUCUCACUAAGUGCAGUAUAUCCACUUCAGUUAUUGAAAUCAAAUCUUCAGGACUUUAAAGCUACAUCAGACAUCAUGACGCUGGGGAGUCUAAUAUACCAAAAAGAAGGGAUAGCUGGUUUCUAUAAGGGUGUAUUUGCCAACUUGCUAAGAUCUAUUCCAGCCAGUUGUAUCACUUUCUUCGUGUACGAGAACGUGAAGCACAGCAUAUAG